CUUGCGUCGAGUCGUGGUCGUGAGUGUUGCAGACGAAUAAUAACAAACGACAUAGAGAUGAACGAAGACUCUGACAGAUGUUCCCUCUCAACACCAUGCGGUCGUUUCGACUCUGCUCGGGCAAUAGACGACCACGAUGCGACAGACGACGACAUGACCUUCUGCAUGUCAAACUACGCCAAGGAAGCGCUUAAGAUGAUGUUCAUGAUGCGGUCCCAUGGGAUGCUCACAGACGUUGUGCUCGAGGUAAAGAAGGAGCUCUUUCCCGCACACAAGGUGGUUCUGUCUGCCGCAUCUCCAUACUUUAAAGCCAUGUUUACUGGCGGACUGAAGGAGUCCGAGAUGUCGCGUGUGCAGCUCCAGGGGGUAUGCCCGACGGCAAUGGCCCGCAUUCUCUAUUUUAUGUAUACUGGACAAAUACGCGUCACAGAAGUCACCGUCUGUCAACUUCUGCCUGCUGCAACCAUGUUUCAAGUGCAGAAUGUCAUUGAUGCGUGCUGUGCGUUUCUGGAGCGCCAGUUGGACCCGACCAAUGCCAUCGGCAUUGCGAAUUUCGCCGAACAACACAGCUGCACCGAGCUGCAGAAGAAAGCAAACUAUUUCAUAGAGCGACACUUCAUGCAAGUAUGCCAGGAAGAGGAGUUUUUGCAGCUGUCCGCCUAUCAGUUAAUAGCGCUUAUAAGACGGGACGAAUUGAACGUGCAGGAGGAGCGCGAUGUAUACAAUGCUGUCCUGAAAUGGGUGAAGUACGACGAGGACAAUCGCCAUUCCAAAAUGGAGCAUAUUCUUGGCGCUGUGAGAUGCCAAUUUCUAACGCCCAACUUCCUUAAGGAGCAGAUGAAAAACUGUGACGUGCUCCGUAAGGUUCCCGCCUGCCGCGAAUAUUUAGCCAAGAUUUUCAAAGACUUAACAUUACACAAGUGCCCAGGCGUGAAGGAGCGUACACCAAACACGACGCGCAUGAUAUUCGUCGCUGGCGGAUUCUUCCGUCAUUCCUUGGAUAUAUUGGAAGCGUACAAUGUAGAUGACAAGACGUGGACCACCUUACCGAAUCUGCGCAUCCCACGUUCCGGUCUGGGAGCGGCGUUUCUUAAGGGCAGAUUUUACGCAGUGGGCGGACGAAACAAUAACAUUGGCUCUUCAUACGACUCCGACUGGGUAGAUCGAUAUAGCGCCAUUAGUGAGACGUGGCGGCCCUGUUCUCCGAUGUCUGUGCCGCGUCAUCGAGUCGGGGUGGCAGUUAUGGACGAGCUAAUGUAUGCCGUUGGUGGAUCUGCAGGAAUGGAGUACCACAAUACUGUUGAAUACUAUGAUCCUGACCAAGAUCGAUGGACUCUCGUCCAGCCCAUGCAUUCCAAGCGCUUAGGCGUUGGCGUUGUGGUUGUCAAUCGUCUGCUUUACGCCAUUGGUGGCUUUGAUGGCAACGAGCGCUUGGCCAGUGUAGAAUGUUAUCAUCCGGAAAACAACAAAUGGAGCUACUUACCUCCACUGCAAACGGGUCGCAGUGGAGCAGGUGUAGCUGCCAUUAAUCAGUAUAUCUACGUCGUGGGUGGAUUUGAUGGCACUCGGCAGCUAGCUACGGUAGAGCGAUAUGACACGGAAAACGAAACUUGGGAUAUGGUAGCGCCAAUACAAAUCGCACGGAGCGCUCUUUCGCUCACCUCACUCGAUGGCAAGCUGUACGCGAUUGGUGGCUUUGAUGGCAACAACUUUUUGUCAAUUGUAGAAGUAUACGAUCCGCGUUCGAACACUUGGGAACAGGGCACGCCAUUAAACUCUGGUCGCUCUGGCCACGCCUCCGCAGUUAUAUACCAGCCCUCCUGCGCCUCCACAUUUAUGGACUACGAAGAAACAGUAAUACCCAAGCGUGAUGACAGCAAUGAUGAAAGGCAGAACGACUCCUCUCAAUAUCCCUUUGGAGGUAGAAGCCCAACCUUUGCAGGCAUUCCAUCCAAUAUGCAGUUUCACGCAUCCUACGGGGCCGGCGGGUGCCAUAAUUGCGAGCCAAACAUGAAACCGAGUAACAAUGAUUUGGCGGCCUUAAGUAUGAGACAUGUUGCUGAAGAAAUUGCCAAACAGUCUCGUUAUAUGUCAAGCAUUCGACAGUUUAACGAUAACCUAAGGAAUCGGGAUCCUACGGAUAGCCAUUGCAAGAGUCCGCCCUCAAAUGCAGUCAAUGCACAGAGACGCUGCAUAUUGAUCCCAAUGUGUAUAGCCAUGCAAAAUAUAAUAAAUAAGAGCUUGGAAUGGCACUAUAAAAAGAUCACAACAACGCCAUGACAAUUAUUUGGAUAGCCGAAAGAGUUUUUGUGAAGCCAAAUAAGCCAAUUACUAUAGUGUAACCAUUCACAUACAUAUAGUUAAUAUUCCAUUUCGUUAACCAUUCCAGCCGAACAUGUUAACAUACAAACGUAGCCUAGGUGUGCAAUUUCAUAAUUGAACCAUUAAUGACUUAACUCAUUGUAUUCAAAAUAUAUAGUAGGUGAUUGUAUGGAUGUAUCUAUUCAGACGAGGAUAUGCAAUAUAAUAAGAUGCCUUUUAUAAGUUAACGCCUAAUUAAGUAGAUUAA